AUGGCGGUUUCGACUUCGGUCUACCAGCACCGCGUCAACCGCCUCGAGGUCAUGACCAGGGGCAUAAUGGUUAGCUUGAUCCACAGUCGGGCCCUCGAAGUUCGAUAUAGCGAGGCCGAGGACGGAAAAGUAGCCACCUUGGCAAGCAACGAUAUCAGCAAUAUGGAGGACUCUGCCAGGAUGAUCCACGAGACCUGGGCUCAGUUCGUGGAAGUCGUUGUUGGCACAUUCCUCUUGUCAAGGCAGGUGGGCUGGCUGUGGCCAUUACCACUGGUGCUGAUUUUCUUUUGCUCCCGUGUCAGUCGCUACGUUGCUCAGCACCUGAAGCCAGAGCAAGGCAAAUGGAAUGUGGCUACUCAGCAGCGGAUCUCAUUCACAAACUCGAUCCUGAGCUCCGUCAAGAAUAUAAAGAUGCUUGGUAUGCAGCAGGCUGUAGCCGAUCGUAUUCGAGACCUCAGAAAGCACGAGAUGGAUGCUGCCAGAGGAGUCAGAUUGCUCACGGUUCAGUACGGUGCCAGCGCUCUUGCGGUACUUCGUGGAGAUGUGAUGGGUGCCGAGACCGCGUUCACCACCGUUGCACUUCUCUUGAUGAUCACUCACCCUGCAAAUAUGAUUAUGACUUUUGUUCCUCGGGCUGUCAUAGCCUACUCCGGUUUCGAACGGAUCCAAUCGUACCUCCUGGACGACCAUGAUCGAGAUCGGUCACGGGCAACAACUCCAUUUCCAAUCAAUGGAUCUAGUGCGGCUACACUCAAGUUCGCUAUUGAGUUGGCCAAUGUUUCCAUCCCCGGUACAGAUGAUUCGAAGCCGAUACUGAAAGACAUCAGCUUCGGCAUUCGUCGAGACUUCAAGGCGCUCCCGGACGGCGACCUCACGCCCGUUGGAAGCAAAGGCAUGAAUCUCUCUGGAGGACAACGCCAGAGGAUAGCUUUGGCCCGCGCCAUAUUCUCACGAUGCAAAAUCCUAGUCCUGGAUGAUAGCCUUAGUGCUCUGGAUGAGAAGACCCAAAGCCACGUCGUUGAGAACCUGCUCAUGCCGGGAGGCAUACUUCGCGACGGCGCAAUAACAGUCUUCUGGAUCACGACCUCCACCAAGUUCUUCAACUUGGCGGAUGACAUAAUCGUCCUCGCCGAUGGCACCGUGAAAGAAAGGGGAACGUGGGCUCACCUUCGAGAGAGCGACCCCUUGAUUGACGAGGUCAUCCAUCCCCAUCUUGAAACACCAGUGACAUUCGCCGAGGCUCAGACGAUAAGACAGUCUCGGGCAGAGAUUCUGAACGACGGGUCAAAAGAUCUUGCCCGGAAAAAUGGCGAUCUGUCCCUAUACAGCUACUAUCUGAGAUCAGCAGGGUUCAGAAGCGUCGGGGCUAUGUCUUUGGCCGGAGUGUCCUACUCCUUCUUCAAUACAUUUACCCAUUACUGGUUGAAAAUGUGGACGGAUUCCGGGUCAAGAAACACGACACUCUACAUGACGGGCUACAUGGCCCUCCUAACGCUAGCAUACGCCUCAACAGUCACCGGCAUGUUCUAUACAAACCUCCGCAUCGCCCCAAACUCGGGGCUCGCCCUCCACGGCCGCCUCCUCGUCGCCAUCGUGUCCGCCCCGCUGCGGUACUUCUCAGGGACCGACUCCGGGUCGAUACUCAACCGCUUCGGACAGGACAUCCAGCUGGUCGACAAGCAGCUGGCACCCGCGCUCCAGUCGCUGAACAACCAGGUCUUCAAGCUGCUCGGCCAGUCCUGCGUGCUGCUCGCGUCGCAGCCACUGAUGGCGCUCUCCCUUCCCCACAGCGCGGCCGUCGUCUACGCCGUGCAGAAGGUGUACCUGCGCACGUCGCGCCAGCUGCGGCUCCUGGAGCUCGAGUCCCGCGCCGCCGUCUUCUCCAGCUUCCUCGAGACCGUCCAGGGCGCGCCGACCAUCCGCGCGUUCGGGUGGGGCCGCGAGACCGCGCGGCAGAACGUCGACACCCUCGACGGUUCCCAGCGUCCGUUUUAUUUGCUCCUCUGCCUGCAGCGGUGGCUCAAUGUCGUGCUGAACCUGCUCAUCGCCGCCAUCGCCGUCGGCACCAUCGGGCUGGCCGUCCUGUAUAGGGAUUCCACGACUGGGGGCCAGGUCGGCAUGGCCCUGAACGUCAUCCUCGUCGCGAACACGACGCUACUCUCGCUGGUUGGUGCGUGGACAGACCUCGAGAUCUCGCUCGGGGCCGUGGCGAGGCUGAAGGAGGCUGAGACCGAGACGCCCAGGGAGGACCAGCCGGGUGAAUGCGACGUGCCACCUAGCAAGUGGCCCAGCAGGGGCGAGAUCGUCCUGAGUGGUGUGACAGCCGCAUACGGCCCAUCGGCCGUCGCACUCAGGAACGUGGACCUCAGGGUUGAGGCGGGCCAGAUGGUAGUAGUGUGCGGGCGGACGGGCAGCGGCAAGUCCUCUCUGCUCCUCUCGCUGCUCAGGCUGCUCGACACAAUCGAGGGGACCAUCGCGGUCGACGGCGUCGAGCUCUCCACGCUGCCAAGGUCACUGGCCCGCGAAGGGGCGUUCAUCACCGUCGCGCAGGAGGCCUUCUUUCUGCCGCAGGCAAGCCUGCGCUUCAACCUCGACCCGGAGCUGAAAGCCCCUUCGUCCGUCAUCACGGCGGCGCUGAGGCGGACCGGGCUCUGGGACCUGCUUGUCGGCGCCGGAACAGAUAAUCACCACGAGAUGCCUUUUGGAGAUGAUCAGCAUGCUGAGGAGACGAUCGUCCUCGAUAAGCCCUUCUCUUCCCUGCCCGUACUCUCAGCGGGCCAAACACAGCUCCUCGCCCUCACUCGGGCACUCGUGCGCAGGUCUGUCUUGUCAGGCGCUUCCAUUUCUGCGGAGCACUACACGGACUUUGACCGCGUGGGAUCCAGGCCGAUCGUUCUGCUCGAUGAGGUCACGUCGUCGCUCGACCCAGUAACAGAGGGGAAAUUGCUAGAUAUUGUCCGGGAGGAGUUUGUCGACCAGGGCCACACCGUUGUGAUGGUGACGCACAAGUUGGAUGCCGUGAAGGGCAGGCUGAGGGACAGGAGGGACGCCGUUGUAUGGGUGGGACAAGGGCGGAUUGAACGAGUAGAGGUUAUGUGA